AUGGGAUCUGUAAUCAAGAGUAGCAGAAGGUGGGCUUUAACCCCAUUUUCAUGGUUUUGCAUAAUUAAUCCAAUUUCUCAUAACAUUUUUGGGCAACAACCAUUGGAUAGAAAAUGUGUGAGCCGCCGUCUCAUUGACCGUUAUGGCUUAAACGAGCAGCUAUAUGGCAGGAAGAAUUGCCUGAGUGAAAGUAGACGCCAUAAGCGACGCAUUGAUGCCACUUUUUAUGGCAAUCCAAAGCCACGAUCGCAACUUCUGGCCGAUCAAUUUCAUGUGAAUAAUUUGAAUUACGAUCAGACCAAUUCUUUGGUUGCUUUGGUUAAUCAAAUAGCCGCUGAUUACUUGGCCAAGUGUCCGCCUGUUAUUUAUUAUGAUAGUUUUGUUGAAAAAUCGGAUGGUCUAAUAUUGGAGAAUCUUUUUAAGACCCUUCCCAUUACGUUUUAUCAUGGCGAGAUUAAUUCUCGCUAUGAGGCUAAGAAUACACAUUUCACCCGGCAUAUUGAUAGCAAUUGCAAGAGUUAUAUAUUGUUUCUAUCGGAUCCAUUGAUGACGCGAAAGAUUUUGGGACCACAGACCGAGAGUCGUGUUGUCUUGGUAUCGCGUUCGACCCAAUGGAAAUUGAGAGAUUUUCUUAUCUCGGAGUUGUCAUCGAAUAUUGUCAAUCUCUUGGUCAUUGGAGAGUCUCUGAUGACUGAUACUGUGAGGGAACGCCCUUAUGUUCUAUACACGCAUAAACUUUACGCUGAUGGCCUGGGCUCGAAUGUUCCGGUUGUUCUCACCAGCUGGAUGAAGGGUGGUCUAUCGAGACCACAUAUCAACUUGUUUCCACCAAAAUUUCAGGCCGGUUUCGCUGGACAUCGAUUUCAGGUGUCGGCAUCAAAUCAACCGCCCUUUAUCUUUCGCAUACACAGCAUCGAUUCGUCGGGCAUGAGUCAAUUGCGUUGGGAUGGCAUCGAGUAUCGCUUACUCAGUUUGAUUGGCAAACGAUUGAACUUCUCACUGGAUAUCACCGAGACGGCAAAGGAAAUGCACACACACGGCGUUGUUAACAAUAUACAAAGACAAAUUGAACUGAAGGCCGUGGAUAUUGGUAUGUCGGGCAUAUUCAUUACGGAGGAACGUUUACGGGAAACAGAGAUGUCGGUGGGACAUUCAAAAGAUUGCGCUGCCUUCAUAACGCUGGCAUCGAAGGCAUUACCCAAAUAUCGUGCCAUUAUGGGUCCAUUUCAAUGGACCGUGUGGGUAGCCCUAAUCUGUGUCUAUUUGGGUGGCAUAUUCCCCAUAGUCUUUACAGAUCGUUUAACUCUUAGCCAUCUGAUGGGCAAUUGGGGUGAAAUGGAGAAUAUGUUUUGGUAUGUCUUUGGCAUGUUCACAAAUGCCUUCACCUUUACGGGUAAAUACUCAUGGAGUAAUACAAAGAAAGUGUCGACACGUCUACUGAUCGGUGCUUAUUGGUUAUUUACCAUAAUUAUAACAUCAUGUUAUACUGGUUCGAUAAUUGCUUUUGUCACACUGCCAGCAUUUCCCGAUACAGUGGACUCGGUGCUUGAUCUACUUGGCUUAUUCUAUCGUGUGGGUACAUUAGAUAAUGGUGGCUGGGAGAAUUGGUUUCAAAACUCCACCCAUGUACCCACUGUAAAAUUGUAUAAGAAAAUGGAAUUUGUUAGCUCUAUCGAUGAGGGCAUUGGUAAUGUUACGCAAAGUUUCUUUUGGAACUACGCCUUUCUCGGCUCCAAGGCACAAUUGGAGUAUUUGGUUCAAUCGAAUUUCUCCGAUGAAAACAUUUCACGUCGUUCGGCCUUGCAUUUGAGUGAAGAAUGUUUUGCUCUCUUUCAAAUUGGUUUUCUUUAUCCACGUGAAUCCGUAUAUAAACGUAAAAUCGACUCAAUGAUUCUCCUGGCCCAACAGAGUGGCCUAAUGGCAAAAAUCGGCAAUGAGGUUAGCUGGGCCAUGCAGCGUUCGUCUUCGGGUCGCCUCCUCCAGGCCAGUUCGUCCAGUUCACUACGCGAAAUUAUACAAGAGGAACGUCAAUUGACCACAGCCGAUACCGAGGGCAUGUUUCUAUUGAUGGCAUUGGGCUAUUUCCUCGGCGGUGUCGCCUUGGUAUCCGAAAUCGUUGGUGGCAUCACGAAUAAGUGUCGUCAAAUUAUCAAACGUUCACGUAAAUCAGCCGCAAGUAGCUUAUCCUCGCGGCAUAGUUCAUCGAAAGACUUGGAACGCACCUCGGCCGAGCAAUUGGCCCACGAUGAAAGAAAGCUGGCACGUCGCGAGGCCGCCGAUGAGGGCCAACGCAUGGGUUUCGGCAUGAGAGAAUUCAAUUUGACACGAACAACAUUGCGAGAGUUGUAUGGAAAUGUAAAUAGAUCGGAUCAAAGCUCAAAUCAGCCAUUGGAAAAUCUAAAGAAUCAUCAUGGCACCCACAAACACACAAGUCCAUUGAAUUCGGAUGUCCAUGAAGCACUCGAUGGUCUUGAUGAAUUUAUAGCUCAGAUCGAAAUGACAGAUGAUAAACAAUCUGCAGACCAAGAACAUAGCAAUUGUGACCAUUUUGGACCAUCGUUGGACCACGACGAGGAAGUAGAAAAAGAAGCUGAUGAUCUACCCGAUCCUUUUGGGGAUCUAAGCAAUUUCCGUUUGUAUAAUAUUCAGGAAAGCAAUUCAUCGCAGGAAUAA